AUGGAAAAUUUUACACAAUACAUUCCAAAGCUUACAUUUAACAAGUAUAAAGGAUAUGGAGGAAAAGUUGCUGUGGUAGGUGGAUGCUUUGAGUACACUGGCGCACCAUUUUUUGCAGCACAUUCAAUCCUUCGCGCUGGUGGUGAUUUAUCACAUAUCUUUUGCAUGAAAUCGGCAGCAACAGCCAUUAAAUCAUAUGCUCCUGAAACAAUUGUUCAUCCUGCAUUACCAGAACCUGAUGAAUUUGAUUAUAUUCCUAAAGCUCUGGAAAACGUAACAAAAUGGUAUUCAGCUGUUGAUUCCUUUGUCAUUGGCCCCGGACUUGGCCGAAAUGAAGCAACAAUGAAAUUCACAACUGAACUUAUUUCGUUUUUGAAGACUAGUCAGCCUACAAAACCAGUCAUCUUAGAUGGCGAUGCAUUGUUCCUCGUUUCAACUAAUCCAGGAUUCGUUUCUGGUUGCAAACAUUUCAUAUUAACUCCAAACGGUGGUGAAUACAUCCGUCUUUGCAAUGGAGUUAACAUUCCUAAGGACUCCCCUGUACUUACUUUAUCAGAAAAGCUUGGUGGAGUCAAUAUCUUCGCCAAAGGUCUAAUUGAUCGCUUUACUGAUGGAGUGAAAGUAGAAGAAUUCAAAUUCCAAAGUUCUCCUCGUCGUGUUGGUGGCCAGGGCGAUCUUACGGCCGGAAUUUGGGGAUUAUUUGCAUCAUACUCUCCAAAUAACUUAUUUGAAGCAGCAGGAGCUGUAUCAGAGAUUGUGAAGAAAGCAGCUCUCUUCGCCUUCAAUAAACACAAACGAUCUACAAUAACAACCGACAUAUUAAAUGAAAUCGAGAAUGUUAUACCAGAAUCAUGGUAUGCAGUUAGCGAGUCUAUGUAA